UAUUACUACCACAUCAUCAGUCAAAUUAAAUGGGCUCAUAAGGAGCCCAAACUCCCCAUUUUGUUGGUGUUUAUGAUAUAAGGGGCCCAAAGAAGUAUUUAGUGCGAAGCCCAACGUUUCUCUGUGGGGAAGGUAGUGAGAAAGAGAAACCGACUCUCGCCCAAAAACAAAGACCCCUAUAAAUUCCCGCAUUCCAUUCCCGCCAAUCACUUUUCCCAAGUUCAAAAUCUCUCUCUGUCUCUCUCUCUCCCUCUCUCUCAAAAGGAGGCUUCGACUCGGGAACGCGAGGAUUCAAGUCCUUUGAUUGAAAGCUAGUUAAUCAUGAACACUGCUAGACAGCGAAACAGGAAGGCAGUUAAGGCUCCCUCAAAGUGCGUGGCAGACAUAGAUUGCACUGGAAAAAAGAAAUCCACAAAGAGAACUGGUGGUCAAAGUUACAAAUCUGCAGGGAAAGCUGAAGAGUUUUUGGCUGAAAAAGAUGAGCAAUCUCCACUUUCUAGCAUAGCUGAGGGAAGGUGUCCAGAACUUCCAGUCAAAAGUAGACGUGUUUCAGAAAAAACAAAAAGGUCACCUCUACUUGAGCUUUAUCCUGGACCAAGACUUCUUCCAUCUGCAAAGAUAAAGUUGCAGCUUUUCCCAAUAGAUGAAGACACUCGCAUGGGACUGGAAAAGGAUGGACAUUAUCCAUACUUGGAACUUACUUUAAGUGCUCAGAAGAAGAUUUCAUCGGUGCUUAGGCAUUUAAAUAGCAAGUGGGGCAGUUCAAGUAUUGCUCUUGGGGAGCCUAUGGUUUGCCCAUACAACAUACUUAAAAAUGUGUCUGGUUGCGGAAGAUGGACUCUGAAUGACAAUGGUAUCAGUGCAGGAGAUGUCUUUGAAGCUGUUGGAAGCCCUGACAUUUUCCGCCUAAGGUAUGGCUGGUUCUCUUAUUCUGAACCUAAAACUUUAGGUAACCUUUCUUCAUCAACUCCCCCCAUUGAUUGUUUGCAAUCUGAGGGCACACGGAAAGGUUGCAACAAUAAUGUGGAGGUUACAUAUAGCAAAGGGAAACAAAUUGAGGUGACAAGUGAAGAGCUCAAAGGAAUCAAUGUAAGUGAAAUAACAGCUGCAAUUGUUGCUGAGGAGGUUGCAAAUGGUCCUGUUGAUCUUGUGGAUAGGGAACUGAGGAUGGAUGCUGGCCCUGGACAAUCAUCAGUCCUGUGGGCUGAUGGUCUAACUAAUAUAAGCAUUGGAGGCCUCCUCUCUGAGGCAUCCAUACAGGGAAAGUUUAAAAAUUCUGUUCCCAUCACUAAUGGUCUAACCGAUAUAAGCGUUGGAGGACUCUUGUCUGUAGCCUCCUUACAGGGCAAGUCCAAUAACUGCGAUCCAAAAUCAGUUGGGAGCACUUCAGGCUUGCAUCCGAGUCAACUAAUAUCUGAUUCCUUUGAUGCUUAUAUUGCUGCCCAAACAAAUUGUGCUCAAGUUCCAAGGUUCUCCACUCAAGAUUCACGCUCAUCUAUAUUGGAUGCUGAAGAAACAUGCCAGGCGUUUCCUUUUCAAAAAUUCUCAUCUUCGGAAAAAGAUGUUCUGCCUUGGAAUGCAAGUGCUUGUUCUGGGGGCUGCAGCCAGGAUGCUGGCUCCAAUUCAUUCAAAUUUUUUAAAGCAGCUGAGAUCAACUGUCAAUCUGGGUUUUCACAAGAUCAUGCUCAUCAAGAAUCUGAAACAGACCUGUUGCUUUGUUCACGAACAUAUAAUGAUGAAAGUAGUCUUGGGCUGUCAGGCAUUAAAUGGACUGACUCGCGUGGACCCUUUGAUCUUGGUCUACCCACCUCUCAGAAGCUUACCAAUGGAGACAGUAUUAACAUCAGCAGAUUUGUUAGAUAGCAGUCUGGAUGCAUUCCAAAACGACUUUCGUUGGAGGCUGAAAGGUUCCUGUCGAAGAUAAGAAAAUAUAGUACACAAAGAAACCAACAAAUGAGUAAGGUGAAGCUUGAUGGGUGGAUCAAGUAUUAUAGCAUAUUAAGGCAAGUGACCCCAGGCUGCAUCUGGAAGCAUCAUUAAGGUACCUGGCUAUCAGAUCAGGGUGUGUGUGUGAAAUGCUUGGGAAUGUAAUAUAUAGGCAAUACAACUAAUACUCUGAAAGGAUUUUAUCUGGACAGCUGGCUGUCAGCUUUUCAUAUCCAAGCAAAGAGUAUUAGCUGGUCCUCCUCUGCUGGGAAUUUGGCCUUGAACAUAAACCAUCAGUUGGCUAUCAGGUGCACCUCUGUCAGAUUCAGAUUGUGUAUCAUCAAAUUGGAGAUGGCUAGCAUUUUUUUUUUCUUCCUGAAAAAUGUAAUCUGACAACGGCUGUAUGAGUGCGGCCUGCGGGAGGAAAUUACUUUGGGGGUGAAAGAAAAAAUUCUUUUGAGAAUGAGUAUUUUAUUCACACAGAUUGUAAAUUGUAGUAGCUGAUUAAUUGUUAUUUUAGUACUUGAGAUUGGCUAUCCACUCCUUUUUUUUUUUUUUUCCUCUGUUGGAUGGUGAUUGGCUUGCAGUUUGAAUGCCCAUGAGGUUAAUAAUUUUAUGUAAAUUCACUGCCUCGUCAUACUUGGCAUUCAGGUAGGUAUAGGGGAGAGAUCGGGAGAACUUAGCAGGCUCUUUUACAUUGUGUAGACAACAUUAGCAUAUAUGGGAUUCGAUCCCUUUAGGGUUUUACAGUCGCUUGCUCUUCUUCUUAUUGGAUUCUUUUCGGAUUCUUUU